AGCCAUGAACUCGCAUCCUCUUGCAAUAUGCAGUUAGCAUUAUUAUUCUGUAUUUUAACUUUUGGGAGUAGGCCUAAGCUUAGCAUGAGUUUCAGAGUCAUCAGUAGUUUCUUCAAGGGUCUUCAUCAUGGAUGCUUCAUGAGAAUGGAUGGUUUUGGCAUGGGACGAGAAAAGGGACCAUAUUUUAGACAGCUGGGGUGCUCAUGUGCCACCCAUCCCUAGAACUGUGACUGUCAUAACUGACCUGGUCUGUGGACUGUGGUCUGACUUGUUGUUCACAAAAUUGUUCAAGGGCCACCUGCAAGAUAUUUCUUGCUGUGGAAGAUGCAGAAGCUCUCACAGAUCUAGCUAUCCUCUCAAGUCCUGGGUUGCACUCUUAGCCCCAAUAACCCUUCCAUUAGACUGAGCAGAUUUGGCCUUGAAAUGGCUGAAAUGUUUGAACUUUACAUCAUGGUGUGUUCUUUAUUUGUAAAUGACUGUUGUUUUGCAUUCUUGGCUAGACCAUAUGAUACAGAUCUGGAAGAUGACGACCAGCCUGAAUGGAUUACACCUGAAGUUUACUGGCAAUUCCAAAGUCCCGCUAAGAAGAGCACUAGAGGGAAGAAAAAAAGGGUAAGAUUUCCUGAGAUCCAGACUGGGACAGCCAAGGACCUCUUCAGAACCAGCAGAGCAUCAGAUGCAGGGCUGGGGAGAAACGGAAUGGAAAGGCAACUGCCAGUGACAUCUACCCAUUACUGCAAGACUGAAAACAAUAGAUUCUGGCCAGGUCAACAGCUGGAUAAGCUAUGUUACCUGCCCCAGAUGAAGCCUGUCCAAGGACAGGCCAUGUUCAAACACAUCCAUCAAACAAAGCCUGCCUACCCCAGCAUCUACAACCCAUAUCGCAGCUGGCCAAUCAACGAGCAGGGUUACCUAACCUAUGGAGACAUUGAGAUUCAAAAGAGAUACUUCAUCUGAUAUGGUCUGAACAGUGAUGCGACAUGUGAUCAAAACUUUGUAAACCCUCUGAAAUCUCAGUUAUCUUCUGGUUAUCUUCAGACUAUUUGAAAUCAGGCUAAGGCAUAAACUGUGGAUUCCUAUUAUUCUCCAUCCACCUCCUGUAGUGCUCUUGCCCUCUUUGAAGUGUGUGGUGCUUCAGGUGUGAAUUAUGGAAGACCUCAUAGACUGAAGAUGUUUUCACAGCUUGGUAAGGGAGAAAACAUUAAUGGCCUGCACUCCAUCAAGGUACAAUGCCAGCAGGCCUGAAUGUGCUCCAGUAUCCUCUAAAAAAAACCCCACCAUAUACUACUCAGUGAAGUUUCCCAUAUUGCCUUUGUGCGUAGUUCCAAGCCUACCUAGAAGAAAGACCUUCAAAAAUUGUAAUGUCCUUGGUCUCCUUUUAGUUUGG